AUGGCUGUUCAAGACAUUAAAAUAAAUCAAUUUAUUGAAUUGCGAAAUAUGUUCAAAUACCAUAUUGAUGCAUAUAUUGCAUUGUAUCAGCUGAAAACAGAAAAAGAAGAAGAAUUAAACUCGAUUUACAACAUGAUCAAAACAGAAUUGAUUGAUUCAAGGAAAUAUUGUCCUAACAAUAUUAUAAGAGAUAUUUUGUUUAUCAUUCCGUAUAAUAAUCGCUAUACCAAGUCAUAUUUAUAUCUUGCAAAACUUAUAACUAAUGAUUAUCAUAUUAAAGAAGUCAACCACAUCAAUCAUAUUUCAAACUUACUGUUUUAUAAAGAAUAUGGAAUUAAAAUAAACAAUGAAGAUGAUUUCGAAAAUUUAAAAAGUCUCAAUAUUCUUAAUGAGAAUACAAUUUACAGAGCAAUCAUGUAUAAUGACAUAGAAAUGUUCAUAGCAUUCAUUGAAAAAGAAGGAUUUGAUGAAAAUCAAAGACUUCAAAGCAAAUUAUAUCCAGAUUCUAAAAAAGGCUAUACAUUACUUGAAUUGUGUUGUUAUUACGGAGCAGUUGAUUGUUUCAAGUUCUUAAGAUCAAAGUUUAACUCAGAAAUAACUCAGAAAUGCUUAAAAUUUUCGUUUUUAGGAAAAAAUCCAGAGAUCAUGAGCGAAUGCUUAAAAUAUCAAGAAAUAAAUUAUAAAAUAAUGAAAUAUGCAAUUAUUUCACACAAUAUUGAUUUUAUUGCAUUCUUAAUGAAUGAACAUCAAUUAGACCCUGAUAUAGUUUCUUGUGGAACUUAUAAUAAUCUUGAAUCAUUUUUAAUUUAUUUUCUUCGAACAAAUAAUAUUAAUAAAUGCUUUAUUACUUCGAAGAUGUUUAAUGCCCCAUCUGUUUGUGAAUAUUUCCUUACACUUGGUGCGGAUGUUAAUAUAAAAGAUAGAGAGGGAAAUACCGCUCUUCAUAUAGCAUCAUUUUUCGAUAGUAAAGAAAUGGCAGAAUUUCUUCUUUUACAUGGCGCAAAUAUCAAUGUUAGAGAUAAAUAUGGAGAAACUGCUCUACAUAUUGCAGCAUAUAAUAAUAGUAAAGAAACAACUGAACUUCUUAUUGCACAUGGCGCAAAUGUCAAUGAAAAAAAUGAACUAGAAGAAACCGCUCUUCAUUGUGCAGCAAGUAAUAAUAGUAAAGAAACAGCCGAAUUUCUUCUUUCACAUGGCGCAAAUAUCAAUGAUAAAAAUUAUGAUGGAGAAACUGCUCUUCAUUCUGCAGCAGCAUGGAAUUGUAAAGAAGUAGCCGAACUUCUUCUUUCAUAUGGCGCAAAUAACAAUGAAAAAGAUAAAAAUGGAGGUACGCCUCUUCAUAAAGCAGCAAAAUGUGGAAGAGAAGAAGUAGCCAAACUUCUUCUUUCAUAUGGCGCAAAUAACAAUGAAAAAGAUAAAAAUGGGAAAACCGCCCUACAUUAUGCAGUAGAAAAUAAUAAAAGAGAAAUGACAGAAUUUCUUUAUUACCAUCAUGCAAAUAUCAAUGAAAAAGAUAAUUAUGGCAAAAAAGCUCUUCAUUAUGCAGUAUGUAAUAAACACAAUGAAAUAGCCAGAUUUCUUAUUUCGCAUGGUUCAAAUAAUAAUUGCAGAAUUUUAUAA